AUGGCGGACGCUGACGCCGCGCCGCCAACGCCGCCUCGGGAGGUUGUAGCCCCCGAGGAGCUUCCCACGGCCGCCGAAUCCGCCGUCGCCGCGCAGGAGGAGGAGGAGGCCGCGACGGCCGAAGUCGAUAACAAGCGGAAGCUGGAGGAGGUCAGCGCCGACGCGGAGGCGAACGGCACCGGCGAGGAUGCCAAGCGCCCGCGCGUGGACGGCGAGCCCGACGCCGCCACAGGGGUUGAACAACAGAACGAUGGGUCCUCCGUGAAUGUGGAGGAGCCCGCAGCUGCGGAGGAUAAGGUUGCUCCGACCGAUGGGGCAGCGAUGGAUGGUGAUAACGGCACGGCCGCUCCUGCUCCGGAUUCGGCUUCUGAUGAGAAGCCGCUUGAAGCAGCAGCUGAAGCUCCCCAGCAGGAAGGUGAUGCAGCAACUGAUGCACAGGAGAUUUCUCGUAAGAUCGAAGUGCCCAACAGCAAGGUUGGUGUCCUUAUUGGAAAAUCUGGUGAGACAAUUAGGAACUUGCAAUCGAGCUCGGGUGCACAGAUCCAAAUCACCAAGGACGCCGAUGUGGACUCAAAUGCCCUGACUCGGUCAGUUGAACUAGUUGGAACCCUUGGAAGUGUUGAUAAAGCAGAGCAGCUUAUUAAGAGUGUCAUAGCUGAGGCUGAGGCUGGCGGUUCCCCUGCCUUAAUAGCUAGAGGAUUUGGAAGUGGACAGCCUGGAUCAGAGCAAUUUGAGAUGACAGUUCCUGAUAACAAGGUUGGUCUCAUUAUUGGAAAAGGGGGUGAGACAAUUAAAGGCAUGCAGACCAAAUCUGGUGCUCGUAUUCAGUUAAUACCCCAACAUCCACCAGAGGGUGUUACAUUGACUGAAAGAAUUGUACGUGUUACUGGGAAUAAGAAGCAGAUUGAAGUUGUAAAGGAUUUGAUCAAGCAAGCUAUGAAUCAGACAUUUUCAAAGCAUACAAACCAAUCUGGCGGAUAUGGUCCACAAGGUUACCGCCCUCAGGGUCAUGGUGCAGGUUCUCAGUGGGGGCCACGUUCUCAGAAUCAUGGCUAUGGAUACCCACCUAGAGGUAUGCCUCCACCUCAAAACUACAACGCACCCUACGGUGGCUACCCGCCGCAGGGACCACCAAGAGGUGGCAUGGGCUGGGACCAGAGGCAGGGCCCUCCACCCCAUCCUUCGUACCAGGGUGGUGGUGGUUCUGACUACUACAAGCAGGGAUCUCAGCCAUAUGAUAGCCAGCCACCAAGCUACCCUCCUGGGCCAGGGAAUUACAACAGUUAUGGGCAAUCCCAGGGUCCUAACUAUGGCCAACCUCAGUAUCCGCAACAUGCGCCUCAACAGAACUACAGCCAUGGGUAUGGUGAUCCUAGAUACAAUGCUCCCCCUCCGAACCAGCAGUACUAUGGUCAGCCACCAAUGGGCCCGCAGCAAGGCUAUCCUCAACAGCCAGAUCCCUAUGCUAGGCCUCCAUACGGUGGACCUGGACAAUGGCCGCCCAGGGGUGCUCCGGCUGCAGAUGGCUCCUACCAGGCGCCACCUGCAUCUUAUGGGCCGCCGUCUCAGCAGCCUCCUGCUUAUGGGCAAACAUACGGUGCAGCAACUGGACCUGAUGGGUAUGCGCAACAGGGUUACCCACAGCAGGGUGGGCCAGCACCAGCUCAAUAUGGUCAGAGUGCACCAGCAGCUCCAGGCUAUCCUCAGCAAGGCACACAGCAAGGUAGCUAUGUACAUUACCCGCAGACCCAACCAGGAUAUGGUGAUCAAGCAGCUCAAGCUAAUGCGAACUAUGGGUACCAGGGAGCUCCAGCAGAUCCUAACUAUGGAAGUGCGUACCCACAGCCAGGAUAUGGUCCUCCUGGUCAGGCAACUGGUCAGGCUGGUUAUGCCUCCUCUGCGCCAGCAGCCGGCCAGCCUGCGUAUGGCCAGGCAGGAUACACACAGCCAUCUACAAAUCCUCCAAGUUAUGAUCAGUCUGCAGCACCAGCAGCGACUCAGAGCGGCUAUGCUGCACCCCCUGCAAAUCCACAGCAGCCUGCUGCAGCAAAAGGGGUCUCGCCACAGCCUGCUGCUGCUGGAUAUGGUGCUGGUGGGCAGUGGACAGCAUGA